AUGAAGGGAUUUAGAUCCAAGGAUAAUUGUUAUCUAUGGAAGCCUGACACUCCUGUCCACCCCUCUGACUACUCCAUGAUCAAAGAAGAAUUAAAAUUUUACCGUCACGAAUCUGAUGAAUCUGAUGAGUCUGAUGAAUCUGAUGAAGAAUCCUAUGUUGGAGAUCUCACCAAAAUUGAACUGUCUACUGGUUUUUCUGAGACCUGUGUAAUGAAUGAGAAACUGUGUGCAAAAGUAAGGGAGUACAGAAGUAUCAAUAGAUUUCUGUUAGAAGAAAGAGUAAGCCUUGUGAUGGACAUUACAGAUCGGGAAAGAAAACUUGAAAAGUCAAAUGUGAGCAAUGAUCCUAAAAGACUAUCUGAAAGCAAUGUCACGGAGAAUGUUGCAACAACAUCUAAAGACAUUGUGACAGAAAAGUGUGAAACAAGUUCUGGUUAUCUAAGUUUCAUAAUGUCUCAGCAAUUGAGUGAUGAAUCUCCCGUUUCAGACUCGGCAACACCGGAAGAGUCCUCUAACCCUAAUAGGGUUCUUAAGGUUGUUCCUUUAAGGACAAUUAGCAGUGCCGAAGUAAAGGCCACAAAGCCUAAAACGACUCAUGCAAAACGGCCCAAGGAGGGUAUUCAUAACAAGGGUAUCAAAUCCUCAGCAUCUGCUACCAUGGAGGAACUUACUAAAGAAGGAUCCAAAUAUGUCGAUAGCGCAAUUACCAGGAUUGUUACUCAUAUUCUGAAGGAGAAUCAUCAAGUGCCUGGAAUAUCUAUUCCUCUUCAAACCAUAAUGGUUGAUCCCCUCAACAACACCAGUAAGGCUGAGGCUGUUCACACCAUUGAUAGUGACCUAGAAAUCAACAAGGAUGAACAAGGGUUUACUAAGAAUACCAAUGUCACCGAGGAUGUCAAUGACAUCGACAAUAAUGAGCACCCUAAAGCCAAUACUGAAACUGAUACUAAUGUGGAGCACUCAAGUGAAAAACCUGCCAAAGACAUUGUCAGGAAGAAAAGUACUUCUGCAGGUCCUGUCAAGAGCAAAGUUGUAACCAAGAGUAAAGGGGUUAAUCCGUCAAAAUCUUGGAGCAGGGUCAUUCCAAAGAAAAGAAAUGAGCGGGAAAUUGUUGAACCUGAAUCUGAUGUUGAAGCGAAUGUCCCUGACAUUCCAUCGAGGAAGAAUCCUACAACCAGUAAGCUUGCUGCUAGUAUUCCUGAAGUUCCCAUUGAUAAUGUGUCCUUCCACUAUGCCUCUAGUGCCACCAGAUGGAAGUAUGUUCUCCAAAAGAGAUUGGCUGUUGAAAGGGAAUUGGCUCCAAAUGCUCUUGAAAACAAGAAGGUCUUAGAGCUGAUUCAAGAAGCUGGACUGCUAAAAACUGUGUGCAAUCUUCCCAAAUGUUAUGAGAAGCUGGUCAAAGAAUUUGUGGUAAACCUAUCUGAAGAUUAUGGCGACAGCAGGAGUGCAGACUACAAAAAGGUGUUUGUAAGAGGUAAGUGUGUAUCGUUCUCUCCUUCUAUGAUUAAUAAAUUCUUGGAAAGAACGAAUGAAGCUCAAACCAAGCUGGAAGUAACAGACAGCCAGGUCUAUCAAGUGAUCACAGCCAAGCAAGUAAAAAGUUGGCCCAUGAAAGAAAAGUUAACUGCAAGUAAGUUGAGCAUCAAGUAUGCAAUGCUUCAUAAGAUAGGAGCAGCUAAUUGGGUUCCAACAAAUCACAAGUCCACUAUCUCAACUGUGUUUGGUAGAUUUCUGUAUGUUGUAGGAACAAAGGCAAAGUUUGAUUAUGGAGCAUAUAUUUUUGAUCAAACCAUGAAGCAUGCUGGAAGCUUCAGUAUUAAGGGUUCAAUUGUCUUUCCAUCCCUUUUGUGUGGUAUAAUUCUGGACCAGUAUUCAAACAUUCUCAAUGAACAUGAUGUAGUGUGCAAAAGAGAAAGUCCCUUGGCCUUCCAUUACAAACUGUUUCAGGGUAAGCAUGUUCCAAACAUUGUCAUGACAUCAGCUGAAACGUCCAAAUCUGGAGCAUCAGUCAGCAAAGCAAAAGUCAUAGCAAUGCUAAAAGAGACUUGCAAAGAACUGGAUUCAAGAAAAAUAUCUCUUGAAAAACUGAUACAUACUCUGGAAAUGGAUGAGAAUGAGGAGUUUGCAGAUACUGAAGAGAUGGAAGACAAAGAUGAACAAGAAGGGGAAGAAGAAAGUGCUAGUCCGGCUGAUGACUCUGAGAAAGAAAGUUCUUCAGACACCUCAAGUGGGUCUGAAUCUGGGCAGUAA